CGCAUGCGCAAUGCCCUCACGUUUGUGUUCCGGGGUCGGUCAGUUGGUGUAAAAAUCAUCCUUUGGUACCUUCUUCCUUUCUCCCGUUCAUAUUGUUACUACACAGACAUCUGAGAGGGGCGUCUGGGGGGUUUUUCAGAAGGAGAGACGCUUUGAAAACGGCACCGAGAGGACGUCUGUAAAGAUGAACUUCUUCCGAGGAGUGAUGGGUGGGCAGGCGGUCGGGCCGCAGCCGUCCGGAGCGGAGACGAUCCAGAAGUUGUGUGACCGGGUAGCUUCCUCAACGCUCCUAGAAGACCGCAGAGAUGCUGUCCGUGCUCUUAAGUCCCUCUCUAAGAAAUAUCGCAUGGAAGUUGGCACACAGGCGAUGGAUCACUUGAUUAACAUACUGCAAACUGAUAGGUCUGACUCUGAAAUCCUUGGCUAUGCUUUGGACACGCUGUACAACCUAAUCUGCAACGAUGAGGAGGAAGAGCAAGAUGAAUCAGAAGCUCUCGCAGACGCAGUAACCCCUAUCCCUGUCGCAGGGAAGCAUAAGAACGUUUCCAUGCCUGAUGAGAAUGCCCAGAAGCAGGCAGAUGACCUGGGUGCCCAGUUCACAGAUACGUUCAUUCAGGACCCUGAACAUGUGACCCUGCUUCUCACUCUGCUGGAGGAGUUUGACUUCCAUGUACGUUGGCCUGCGGUGAAGCUGUUGACUGCUCUCCUCAAGAACCAGUGUGUCCAGGUCCAGGGUAUCAUUCUGGUCAGCCCAAUGGGUGUUUCCAGAUUGAUGGACCUGUUGGCAGACUCUAGAGAAGUAAUUCGCAAUGAUGGCUUGCUGCUGCUUCAACAGCUGACCAAAAGCAAUGCAGCCAUUCAGAAAAUUGUGGCAUUUGAAAACGCAUUUGAGCGUCUUCUAGAUAUCAUCACAGAAGAGGGCAGCAGUGAUGGAGGUAUUGUGGUGGAGGACUGUUUGCUGCUGCUGCUCAACCUGCUGAAGAACAACAGCUCCAAUCAGAACUUCUUCAAGGAGGGCUCCUACAUUCAGAGAAUGAAGCCCUGGUUUGAGGUUGGGGAUGAUAACUCUGGCUGGUCUGCACAGAAGGUCACCAAUCUCCAUCUCAUGCUGCAGUUGGUGCGAGUCAUGGUGUCUCCAGUGAACUCUCCUGGAGCUACAGCCAGCUGUCAGAAGUCCAUGUACCAGUGUGGCCUGCUGCAGCAGUUGUGUACCAUCCUCAUGGCCACUGGUGUGCCUGCUGACAUCCUCACUGAGACCAUCAACACUGUAUCGGAGGUUAUCAGAGGCUCACAGGUCAACCAGGACUACUUUGCAUCGGUCAACGCUCCUUCAAACCCACCAAGACCAGCUAUCGUAGUGCUGCUCAUGUCCAUGGUCAAUGAGAGACAACCAUUUGUGCUUCGCUGUGCAGUCCUCUACUGUUUCCAGUGUUUCCUCUACAAAAACCAGAAAGGCCAGGGAGAGAUUGUGGCUACGCUGCUGCCCUCCACCAUUGAUGCAAAUUCCAUCUCAGCGGGCCAGCUGCUGUGCGGAGGCCUGUUCUCAGCAGACUCUCUGUCCAACUGGUGUGCCGCUGUCGCCUUGGCUCAUUCCCUGCAGGACAACCUCACCCAGAAGGAGCAGCUGCUGAGGGUUCAACUGGCCACCAGCCUGGGAAAGCCCCCUGUCUCCCUGCUGCAGCAGUGCACUAACAUCCUCUCCCAGGGAGAUAAGAUCAUCCGGCGGGGCAGUAAAGUGCAGACCAGGGUGGGCCUCCUCAUGCUGCUGUGUACAUGGAUCAGCAACUGUCCGAUAGCUGUCACACACUUUCUACACAAUCAGGAAAAUGUUCCCUUUUUGACGGCACAGAUCUCAGAGAAUUUGGGAGAGGAUGAAAGGCUGGUGCAGGGCCUGUGUGCGCUGCUUCUCGGCAUCUGCAUCUAUUACAACGACAACUCACUGGAAAACUACACCAAAGAGAAGCUAAAGCAGCUCAUCGAGAAGCGGAUUGGAAAGGAAAACUUUGUCGAGAAACUGGGCUUCAUCACCAAACACGAGCUGUACUCGCGGGCAGCCCAGAAACCGCAGCCGGUCUUCCCGUCUCCAGAGCAGAUGCUUUUCGACCAUGAGUUCACCAAGCUGGUCAAAGAACUCGAAGGUAUGAUCACCAAAGCAGUUCACAAAUCCAGUGAGGAGGAGAAGAAGGAAGAGGAGGUGAAGAAGACAUUAGAGCAACAUGACAACAUUGUAACUCAGUAUAAAGAGCUGAUCAGAGAACAGGAUGCUCAGAUCCAGGAGCUUAAAGAGCAGGUAGCGUCCAUGUCAUCUCAGAACGAACAGAUGCAGACUACGGUCACCCAGCAGCUGUCCCAGAUCCAGCAGCACAAAGAUCAGUACAACAUCCUCAAGCUAAAAUUAGGUAAGGAGAACCAGAGUCAGUCUAACAGCCAGGGAGACGGCUCACAGAUGAACGGGCUGCAGACGGAGGAGAUCACACAGCUCAGAGAGGAGCUGGAGGAGCUCCGCAGGCAGCACGCACUCCUUCAGACACAACUCGGUGACAAAGACGCACUCAUCAACACCCUGAGGUCUGAGGCGUCACAGACAGCCGAAGUUUCAACUGGAGGAACAGACAACACAGAACUGCACAAGGAGCUGGAGGCUCUGAGGAGUCAGGUCCAGUCCCAGUCGGCAGAAAUCAACCAGAUGAAGACAGAGAGACAAGAACUGUUGAGAAGAGCUGAAGCUGGGUCCUCGGCUGCAGUCCCCGGCAGUGAUGGCUCAUUAGAUGCUGCCAAGAUGGCAGAACUAGAGAGCAGACUCGCAGCACAGACGACUGAGACAGAGAGACUCAAGGAAGAGGGAAAGAGCUCGUCGCAGAGCCGAGCGGAGCUGGAGCAGCAGCUGGCUUCAGCCACCAGCACGGUGGCAAUCCUGCAGACGGAGAAAGCAAAGCUGCAAACGGAAGUACAGGAGUCCAAGAAGGAGCAGGACGACCUGCUGAUGCUGCUGGCAGACCAGGACCAGAAGAUCCACAGCCUCAAACUAAGACUCAAAGACCUGGGAGAGACGUUAGAAUGUGACACUUUCCUUGCAGGUGGACGAUGAAGACGACCUCGACGCAAGGGACCAAACAGACGACGACGAGGAUGAAGAAGAUGAGGACUAGAGAGGAAAGAGGGAAAAAAAAACACUAAAAGAAGAAAAAAGACGAGAGAUGGGAAUUUGUCUGCCAGCAGGCAUGAAAAGACAUGAACACAUGUAAGAAACUGAAGCAUAGGACUAAUAUAUUGAAGCAGUUUCUCUCUCCAGCUGCCAUGCUAUCUUCAUUUGUCUUCACCCCCUUUCUCACAUCACAUGUACAUGUUAGUUAUUUGGACAUUUUUUUUGUGUUCAAGAUGUGGUUUUUCAGAGACAGCUAAAAAGAUUUGAACAUGUCAGUGCAUUCAUCUCUGCCAUUUUUACCAUCGAGUUUGUGAUGGAUUUUUACCAGUCAUGUGUUUAUUGUAACGUACUGUCAUAUAGCGUAGGUUCAUUUUGACACACAAGUCAUCUGAGAGGAUUUAAAAUGUAGCAACAAAAAAAAAAAAAAAGCAACUAUAAACAGAUUUGAUAUUAUCCUCGUUUUAUCAUAAAUAUGCUGGUGAGCUCUUCAGGCUGUUUUUUUUCCCAUCCUGCUCUGCUGCUCUCACCAGAUGCACCUGCAACAUGUCACUGUGCUGCUCCCUGAAUUUACCUUCACACCCCGAUCAUUUCGAGUUCAACGUGUUACAGUAUUUCAGCACUCACUGUUGUUCCAUUUCACUCUGACGACACAACCUAACCGCUCUACAAUAUGCUGCAAAACACUGACAGAAAAGAUGUAAAGACAAAAAAAGAUAUUUUUGCAACUUUUUGUCCAGUUCUGGCAUCCAGCUUCUGUAUGAUAUUGUGUAACUUAUCAAUUUAUGAGCCACAUUGAAAUGAAUAAAGAAUCUAUCAGUCUGUAUGCCUGUAUGGAGGAAUAAUUGUAGAUAAAUAAAAUUUUACUAAAUCCACAA